AUGUCCUUCCCCAUUCCUCCCCUUUCCGGAUACGAGCGAGCUAUGCUCUAUCAUCUAAACGAGCCACUUGACCCAUCUCGUGGCCAUGCUAUCAUUCUCAAUGGCGAUAUCUUCUUCUCUCCCAAUUCUCAACGUACCAUCAGAGCCCCACCCACGCCAGAAGAUCCUCUCCGCAGAAAGCCGUACAAAAACUCACUCCGCCCUGUAUACAACUACAUUCCCGAGCUCUUUAAUUACCCUGGCACGGAUAGGCCAAAAGGGGUCAGUAUGAGCCCUGAGCAAGUCCUCGCAUGGGCGCGGUUCGAGAAAAACAUCAAGACAAUGUUUCAGUCGUUGUCCGGUGCUACCAGCAUACUGCGAGUCGAGCCAAUUAUCGACACAGCCUGUGGCUGUGCAGGAACAUACCACAAUGCUCAUGAUUUCUAUUGUGCCGAAAAGAGGUUGAGGGAAUGGUUUUCUCUUUGGGUCGCCAUGCUGUCAUAUGCGAUUGCUGUUCUCCAAGCACCUCCCAAUCUAACAUGCAAAUCAGUGGCCCUUCCCACCUGGUAUCAAUGCCUUCACAAGGAUAGCUGGGACGACAUCACGCUCUCCUGUCUUCAGCAAAAUGCUGCCCAAUUCACCAACCCAGAAGAGCGGGUCAGGUGUUUCGUGGAUAUCGGCCUAAAUCCAGCACACCGAACAUCGGUGGACUGGUUAUGUCAUUUCAACAUACCAGUUUGGUACCCAUGGGGCGUCCAGCAGUCCUCAUCGCAAGAUAACUUCAUGAAGCACCUUGCGCCACUUCCAGAACAGCUGCAACUUGUGAUGACUUUCUUCAACAAGCAACCCAAUGCCUCAACAGGUCCAAAGCCUUGGGAAGCCCACUUUGCGUCCAUCGAGAAGCAGAUCGCACUGUCUAGGAACACUGCUGAGUUGAGACAAUGUGGUCCAGACAAAAACACAAAAGUUUAUCUCUGGGAGAAAACCCACCAGGGUACCUACAGUCGUGUCUUCAUGUACAAAUCCAAAUGGAAGGACACCUUGGAGAGGUUUGGGCGAAAUCAAAAGCAUUACAAUCCCUUACUCAACGAGUGGGAUUGCAGGGAAGACCUUGGAGAACUAGACCCAGAGGAGCGGCAGGCGAACUAUUAUUAUGGUGGAAGUGAUGACAAGGACGGUGUUGACCUCGAUCUGCCUUCAAUUCCUGCCAAUGCUGACACAUUGAACCGCCGUGUUAGGUCCGUCUCUCCGCCCUCCCCAGCUCCUCGUCCUUCGUCUCCUCAUCAGGCAUCACCCAUUGCCUCAGCACGCCCUUGCUCUUCCCACUUACUUCCUCAAAUCACAAGCAAUCCUGCAGAAGGCACAAGAACCUCGGAUGCGCCCGCCUCUGAUCCACCCCCGACACCAGUCGUGCAACCUCUGCAAAGCUCUACCACUAGAUUGUCGAACUCAGUGGGCCGUCUUUCAGAUUGCGACAUUGUGCCAGAGAGGUAUUCUCCUCUCGAAAUGCUGUACUUGUUCUGGGGGUUCACUUCUCCCCCUUCUGCAAGUUCGACUUCUUACCUCCAAAUGCACUUUGACAACUUUCGUGUCUCUAAUCUCAUCAAGGGUAUUGGUGUCUUGUCUUUGACGGACAACUUUCUCCAAUCGCGGACAGGUAUGGCAGCUUUGGACUUCUUUCGCUGCCUAACAGAAACUCAAUCGACACCGCUGAGAAAUGAGCUUUUUGACCUAUCCAUUUCGAACCUCCACAAGCUCCCAACGUCAGGCCGUCUCCGAUUUGUGCGUAAGUUCCUGGGGGACUUGUUCGUCUUUGCCUUCGGAAAUGCUGCAACAGUACCUUGGAGGCUUGCUGUAAUGAGUGCGAGAGAUGCCCUUUUUGUCUGUCGGUUGGAAUUGUCAAUGAAGGAUUUUGAGAUCUGCCUCGAACUGCUCCAGUGUGGGAUGCAAUUCUGCACCCUGCUACCACUCCCAGAGUUUAUGCCUGUGCCCUCGCCUGAGGCCCCUCUUGCUCUCCGUCCGCCAAAACAUGUAUUUUCAACUCAUGACUAUGAGGCCUAUAUCCAAGACCGGACUUCCCUGCUUCGCAACCCUAGGGUUGGUCGCGCAGCGUUGAGGCGAGGCAGUAUCCUUUGGCGAUUGGCUAUAACAGUGGUUAGUUUCCAAGAUGUUCUCAAUGGUCCUACGAUGGCUGUCACACUAGACCACCAAUGCGAGAUGUACAAACCAGGUGAUAAGAAGCUUUGGUGUGAUGACGUUUUGGGAGACACCGAGAUUGAGAUGCUCUGUGGCAUCUAUUGCGUCCCUACUGGAUACGGUACUCAGAUGUCAACCGUGUCAUGGUGGCCUACCAAUGCUAGCUGGUGGGUGAAUGUUGGCAACACCUGCUGGAACAACGCCUACGAAAAGAUAUUUGAAGACCGGCUAGCAGCCAUAAAGGCGGGAGAAGCUCAACCACUUCCACCAUCGGCUUGGCGCUUGAUACUUCAACCAUACAGCCACAUUCGCAGAGCUCACACCACUGCUGAAUUGCUUGCUUCUCAGUUCAUGCGGCAGCAAUUGCGAGGGUGA